AACGUGCUCACCGUCUCCGGCGCAUGCGACACUUUCCCUUGAUUUCAUGGCGCACCACAAUAUCUCAUUGCAUUUAAACUUUGUAGAUAUGGACGACCACGCCAACGAGGACUUCGAUGCCGACGGCAAACUCUAGCUUGGAGCGUCCCUGUAAACGCUUUUACAAUAUAUUUUCUUAAACAAGCAAACUACACGCCUCUUAUGACGCUUCCCCGGUACGUGCACAGGGUUUACGACGGCGCCGUGCUGUCGUCCAAGGCGGACGCCGUGGUUGCCAUACCCAAUUACAGGCUCGGUCUGCUAGGCCAUGCCACGUGGAACGAGUCUGAGUUCCUGUCGCUGGGUUUGGGCGACCAGCUCACCGCUGUGCGCUGGCUGAGACAGAACGUGGGCUUCUUCGGCGGCAACGCGUCCCGCUUGGUUCUAGCUGGACACGGCGCAGGAGCUGCGUCCGUCGGUCACUGGAUGCUCGGCGCGCAGCCCGAAGUCGCUGACGUGCAACGCUUCGUCAUGAUUAGCGGGAGCCCCUACGCCCGGUACAUGAAAGACGCCGAUGUGAUUACGAAGAACAUGCGUAUUCUCGCCCGCCGUGUCCAAUGCGAGAGCUACGACGAAGUCACCUCCGUCGAGGAGAUUCUCCCGUGCCUCAGAAGGUUUCCGUCCUCGGUGCUUGUGCCGCGGCUGAGCGGGCUGAACGGACGCCUCAUGGAUCCUUCCACAAGCAUUGACGACACUCCCGCUGCGAACGAGCCGAAUAUCUCCAGACCGCGCGGGUCGCUUCUCUUGGGUACCACUCCCGAUGAAGGCUACCACUUCGUGGGCCGGAUGGCGAAGCAGGACGGCGUGUCUCAGGAGUGGAUGCAUCGCUGGCUCGCGUCCCAGGGCGUAGGCAAUGCCUCCGUUUUUCUAGACAAUUACCAGCGAGAUCUGAGAACAACCAACUUGACGGUUGUGUGGAGCGAGGCGUACGCCGACGUCCGGUACCGCUGUCCCGUGCGCCGCUUCGCCGAGCGAAUGGCGAGCAGCGGCCUGACCGUGCACUGGUUCGUGUUUGAUGCGAAGCCUUCGUUCGAAGAGCCGUACCUGCGGGGCGACGAGGCCGGCCACUACACCACUGUGCGACUCCUGCUCACCGAUAUCGGAAACGUGCGCACCACCGACGAAGACAUCGCCAUUCGGGACAGCUUCGUCAGGACGCUCGGCUCAUUUGCAAACACGGGGCGCGUUCCGAGGAUCCUCAGCGGGAAAGAGUGGCCGUCUUACACGUCGUCCACUAGAGCAGCCGUGAGAAUCAGUCGACACGGACAGGUGGGCGUCUCGAUGAGCCAAGAUCCGUGCAGACACGUGCGCCAACACGAGGAGGAACCGACUGCAGCCACUACGACGGAAGCGUCGACUUCGCGGGCAGUAGCCGUGCAGCCCAGGGUUUGGGUAUCGCCUGUCUCGCCAGCGAACACUGCGCCGUCGUCCCUGCAGGCUACGACACAACCUGCGCAGCCAGAAGUCUGGUUUGAUGACGAUGCCUUCGUGCGGCGCCGCGACAAUGCAGUGCUGAUUCCAGACACUGUUUUCGAAUUGCCUGACGUUGUGCCGCAUGUGCAUCGCGCAGUAAGCUACAAUGCAAAGCACGCCGAGUUUGAAGAGGCAUAA